UCAUUUUCAUCGCUCGUUCAAAGUCAGCUGACUCAAUGAAUAAUUCACUCACGCUAUUUCUACAGGCAAUUCUAGCCAAGCUACUUUUCGAAAAUGUCUAAAAUUGCAACUUUGAUACCGUUUUUGACGAUUCUCUUAGAGCAACAAGUGUUAUGUUCUUUUUUGACCGGAAUUAAAGAUUUGGUUCUUCGCAGUCAGUUUCAACACACAAAUGAUUUUCUCCUCCAAACUUCGGGAUUCGGUAACGAGGUCAGAUUGCUGAAAACGUGCGGAUACGAACAAGAACAAGAUGGAAAUUGUGCGGUUGCGUCAGUUGAGGAGGCACGCUAUGUGUGGACUUUGGAAGGGGUUAUUGACCCCUUUAUGUUUCUACAGAUGGAUUUUCAGCGACCUCAUCUCAUCAAUAGGAUCAAACAGCUGACACUAGACUCGGGAGAUGGAAUAACUGAAGUGUAUCAACACUUAUUUGAAGUGUCCUUCUCCAAGGAUGGAGUGUCCUGGUCUGUGCCAGAGCGUUUGGGAUGUGACUUCGUUCCCUCUGUUGGAGGUGACCAGUACAAGGCCAGGUAUUUGCGAAUAUUUGCAUCAAUGGAGCCAGAACUAACUUCCAAAUGGACUCCCCUGGCUGUGAUGUUUGUGCCUUUUGGACACUAUGUCGACGACUACACUGCUUUCUCCAACUCUUUCGCUCCUGUCCCUUGCACUGGACACCAGGCAAGUUUAGAUCUCCAACUUGUGAGCGGAUCUCUCAACUCGGCUGUCUGCUCGGAAAAUGGCAUGAAAAUUGAAGUGGAAAUUCAAUCUGGAACACAAAGAGAGCCCCUUUACGACAACCUGUCCCCAUCUAACUUUGAUUUACAACAUGUGAUCUUCUCUUCAAUUCAGUAUCUCGAUCAGUUCGACAGCUGUGAAGUAUCUUUCACGGCGGAGUCUUUGCAGUACGAGUACAGUGGAAUUUAUAUUGUAAAGGUGCACGAUCCGCAGUCGGGACUUGUGUACAUUGAUGACCAAUAUGACCUCCAGCUUUUAGACGACGGUGAGCCGCUGUUUACUUUUAAUCUUCCGAACGGCCAAGUUGACUAUUUUUCCGUCAAUGUUGACUCAUUCAAAUACUUCGCCUUCAUUUUACCAUUUUCCAUCAUCACUUCAAAGCCAGUCUUCCAACAGCAGCAGGAAGUUCGGGAGGGAUGUCGCGAAACCCGACGUGCAGACGUUGUUACCGAUGAGUACCUUGAAAUGUUUCAAGCUGGCGGGACGAAUAACUUUGCGCAGUCUGUUAUUCUCAACUUUGCUGGAGCUCCACGACGACAAUCAGCUACAAUAAGUGACACUCGGAUCCUAUAUUUUCUCGACGGUGAUCCGGGAUGCUUGUUUGUCGACAAUGAUGGGCGUCUCGUUAACUCGCAAUGCAAUCUCGGCGAACAGGUUUCAGGAAUCAUGUGUUUCAUGUACGAAGGUGAAAUAAACUCAAUCGAGGUUGAGCACACCGGAUGUUCGAUUCCUGCGAAUGACGACCAAACUGCCUAUCUCGAAUUCUCGGUUACUGUCGAUGUUGUAGGAUGUCUGUUAAGUCGUUUCGUAACGUGUGAGUCGUAUGACACAGCGAACCAGGUCAUUCGAGAUUCUAUUGAGGAAAUAAGUUUUGGUUGCAUAAAAAAUGGGGAACAUAACAAAAUGUACCAGCCAAAAGUGAUAUUAGAAGCUCAAAUUGUGAAAGUCCGCUGCUAUGCUUUGCGUCGUAUUAAUUCAGAGAGCACCAUCAAAAUCUCAGAUGAAAUUGAAAUAGAUCGGUUUCAAGAAGACUUGAGACUGAUUGUGACCGAUGAAUUAGAUGUCGGUGACGAUAAUCACAUAUAUAUGAAGCAAAGCGACUAUGGGUCGAGCUUUGCAUUUGCUUUUGAGACAAUUGGUUAUCCAGUUCACACAUUUCGUUUUUCGUUUUUGGAGUUAUUCGGCGAUCCGGACGCAUCAUUUUUUUCACCUCGAGGCAUUCAAACCAGUCGACACUUUGUAUGUGGUCAGCUUGGAAGUCCAAGAAACGUGAACGUCAAGGCCAUAGGAACGAAAAGGUUCAACUACCUUGAACCAAGAAAUACUGGUCUCUAUACAGUCCAGUUGAACCACGACAUGGAAUCGAAUCCACUUCUGCAAGGGCGUGACAUCUACGCAAACUGUACUUUGGUACACCCUUACAGCAUCGAGUGCGCACCUACGUGCAACUUGAGCGUGCCCAUAUCGCACAAUUUUCACAUGCAGUGCGUGAUCAACCACCAUGUGUUCACGCAGAGAAAUGAGUUCAAGAAAGACUAUGUCCCAGUGUCAAUGAAGUUCAUGAAGUACGAAAAAAGUGCUGACAUAGGUUCUUCUAUGUUGUCACAAUGCGAAUACAACACGCUAGUCGAGUCCUCUUUGUACCACGACUACUCAUUUGACUCAAUAACUUGGAACACUAUUGAGCGAAGUAUUGUGAUAGAUUUCCAAAUCUACACCGUCCAGCUCUGGAACUCGGGACGAUACUACCUGGAAAUCAUUCCAGGAGACAGUUACUGUAUUUUUCAGUCAAAGGAUCCCACAAAGUGCGCAGAGAUGAAUACAAAUGCAGAAUGCGCUACUCAUACUACAAACAACCGACUAGAUUUUCGAGUUGAAGUUGCUGAGGACCCCGGGUGGGCUCACACUUUCGAGAAUGGUCCUUGUGGACCCAACACCCGAGCUGUCUACCUUGAUGAUCCGCGUGCAACCCAGUUCGGAUACUACUACAAAGCUUGCUACCAAACUGUGGACGACUUUUACUCGUCUGGAAUCCAUCCAAGCGACUUCUGCCUCGCGGAUGGAGGUCAACUGACCGACCGUCGUGAUGUUUUCUUAUCCGGCGCCUUUGAUUCGCAGUUUCUGACGGGAUUCCAUCCAGGUUAUGACGACUCUGAUAUCAUGAAAACAAUAGCUUGUAAUUCGUAUCUGAUGUCGCCAGAAUCCGAAGAUCGCAAGUUCUCACACGAUUUUUAUUUCUUAAUGGGUGAUUCGGACAGUAAAACUGACUAUUCUUUCUACUAUUUUGAAAGUAAAAGUGGUGAAAUUUCCGCAAAUGGGCCGGAAGAAAUGGAAGCCCUUGCAGUUUUAUGUCGAUACAGACGCGGUUUUGCUUGGCUUUUGCGACAAAAGUACACAGAAUGUGAGUAUGAGUUUCUAAAUAUCGACGUAGGUCUAAAACAACAUGUUCAGCCCAUCGCACAUGGGAAUGUGGAUCUGAGCAUAUUGUGUGUAGCACACCCAGAUGGUUCCUCCGCAAACCAGACACUGGAAGGUGUUUCGCCCCUCGAUGGAUUUAAUUAUACUGUAGAUUUCCGCAAAGAUUUCAACAUAGAAAGCUUCAGUUGCUCUCAGAACCUUCCAGAAGAACUUCAUGACGUCACAAGUAAGCAGUUCGAUUUCACAUUUACUUCAUUGCACAUGCAUUUGGAGACCGAAGAAAAAAUGACCUACAACAACCUAUAUUGUAAUUUGCACAAUUCUGCCGUGUACCAACCUUGUUAUAACCAAAACGUGAGCAUAGGAUGUUGCGCUAAAGGAAACCCAAUUCAAAACUGCACCUGGGUUAGACGCUUCACAGAUUUUGGAGAGUUCCCAGAAGGACAAGAUGGCAUCAGAAUCGAAUGGAGUCGGUUGGAAGAUCCGCAAUGCAACAAUCCGGGAAUCUGUUCGACCAUCCACUUUGAACCUUUGCAGUUCGAGCACAACGGCAUUUAUUCUUUAAUCUGCUACAAUGGCCUUGAGAACAUCAAAGGGAUUCAGAGUCCGUUAAGAAGUGAGUCUGAAGGUUUGACCGUCUUCGGGUUCCAGACUCUUCCUGUUGACAAGAGAGAUUUCACGUACCAAAUGCGAUGCGACUGGAUGCCACCAAAGCUGUACGGAUACCUCGUUUUGUUCGGACCUCCUAUCGAAGUUGACAUAACGUGUGAUCUCGGGAACGGACAAGAAGCUGUUGAUUCAACCGUUACUUACCCCAGUGCAGGAGUCGUCAUGGUGGAGAUAAAUCUUAUAGGUGUUGACAGACAAACGCCUUGUUUUUAUUCAAGUACAAACGAGUACGCGACCGACCGACCUUUGAAGUUUCCCCUCAAAAUCAGCGAAAUUAGAACGGCCACUGACGUCUCAAUUUCGUCCCAGGGAUCAUACAGAAACCCUGAGUUAUGCUGUUCCAUGUGCGCUUUUGACAUCGAUCAUCCCAAGCAAGUUAAGCUUUUCUGUAAGCUUGAAAAUGGUUUUACUGUUCCUUUUGCUAACAAUAGUGUUGAAUUUAACUUCGAUCCCGUAACGAGUGUGGCAAGAAAAUGCGGAGUGGUUGAGGCUCGACCAAAAGGUACUUUCGAGUGUUCAUGUUAUCCACUUUUUGACCAAAAUAUGGGAAAAGUCAUGAAGUUUUUUGCUAACGGAGAUGUAAGUGUGGCAACUGUCGCUCCAACUGAAGCUUACGAGAUACCGACACAGCCUGCCUAUAAUGCAUCCACGGCCGAGGUGAUUGCAGGCAAAAGCUCAACAAGCCUGGACGAGAAAAUCUUAACAACUACGCCCGAACGUCAGAAAAUAGUAAAACUAAGUUACAAUGACUAUAAAGUGUAUGAAGCGAUUAAAGAGUUGACCGAACAAGUCGAUCAAGGAAACCCAGUGGUGUACACUGAUCUCAUUGGCAAACUGGUCACACUGAUGGACCACAUGAAAGACGAGUUGACCACUGAAAGACUUUCUAUUCACGUGCCAUUGUUCCAGGCCUUCGACGGAAUGAAGCUUCAGUACAACACGGAACAUGUUCUGACUUUUUUGGAGCAACACGAAGAAAUUCUGACUAUAGUGGUGCCCAAAACUCUUGAUUAUGUCGAAAAGCUAGUCCAAAUGUGCCCACUCGUUCGUGAGAACGAAAACGAUUUACUGCCUUUCUUGGAAAGCGUUCAGGGGUUGAUCCACAACAUAGCGCAAUGGGGUGGGAACGAAUCGAGCAGCAGGGAGUAUACUUCGGGAAACAUGAAGUUUGUGAUGCAGAACAUCCAGGGUAAUUCUAACGACACGGCUGACUUGGAGUGCAGAAGACUGGACUUCAACGGGGUGACUUCUGGAACUCUACAAGAGGUUAAAAUCAAAAAAGACACCCUCGAUACUUUGCCAGCUGGCACCUCAGUGGUACUCGGAAUGUACGAAAGCGACUUCGGGGCCCCCAGACUGGCCUUAGAAAAGGAGUACCAGCCUGAAAUUGUGAACAUGGGCAAAGAGUAUUCUCCGGUUUUCAAGUCCAGAAACCGGUUUCAGAAGAGGAUGACAGAUGUAGUCUCUGUCACUGUACGGGAUCCAGACGGAGUGUCCAUCUCAGUUCCUGUUCAGUUUUCCCUCAACUAUGUCGAAGCAUACCAUGGCCAAGGAGAAGACAUGAGCAACUACGAGGUGGACAUGGAGUAUGUGUGUGCCUACUAUGUGUGGGAGAAUGACACUUACGAAAGGGAGGGGAUGAGGGGGGUGGAGAUGGGGGAGUCUAGAGGUGUGUGCAGUUCCACACAUACUACUUCCUUUGCAGUGGUCGCUGUGGUGGACCAGGCAAAGACUGACGACAUGCAACGGGAGGACUUUUUCUGGGUGUCAAUGAUUGGGAUGACAAUCGGGAGUGUGGCAGUGGUGGCCACAUUCCUGCUGCUGCUCUUCGUGCAUGACGUCAUAGACGAGGAGGAGCACAGUCAUCACAUGCUACUUCUCUUCUUCUACAAUCUCUUCCUCUGCUCAUACCUCUCAGGCGCUGACAAGAUUGUGAGCAGUGACCAUGUGCAGUGUCGGCUGGCUAGCAUGAUGAUGCUGUUCUCUUACUUGGCAUCCCAGGGUAGCCUCCUCAACAUAUCCCUGAACCUGCUCAACGAGUAUGAGCCCAGAUUGUGGGAGAGGGCCGACUCAUUCCCAAUAGCAUACAUAUUCAACACCAUCGCCCUACCAGGAUCAGUAGUGGCAGUCUACUUCGGUAUGUUCCGGGAGGACAUCGGACUGAGUGGCGACGGCUACGCCUGCUUCCCCUCCUCUUACCGCCCGCUCUCCUUCCUCUCCCUCCUCAUAGCCCCCACCCUCCUCUAUGUGGGGGUCACUCUGCUACUGUACUGGCAGACUAUGAGGUCUGCGACGGAGUUGUUCGCUGAGUUAAGAGAGAGUGGAGUUUGGCGUGUGUUCCAAUUGAACAUUCAGAAUAACUUCUUGGCCACAAUCAUUGUGACUGUGGUGUUGUUUGUGAGUGGGUGGAUGAUGAGUGUGGGCAACUGGUGGGUGCACUUGCUCCACCUCCUCCUAACCCUCUCUGGCUCAGUCUCCCUCUGUCUGGUCAUCCUGUUCUACCAGCCGGAGAUACGCGCCGCAUUCAACAAGAAACUGGCACCGAAGCCAUACGAACUGCGCACACGAAAGAGGAUUAAGAAGUAUCAAAAAUUCGAGGACCAAUCUGGAGAACGAAGUGCGACUUCGCCUCCGAGCAACCCCGAAGCCUCCUGGGGGGAUGUCUCUCGACCCGAAACUCUCAUGGACUGCAGCGACUUCAAAGUGCGAGGUCACAGCGGCAAGACCAAUUACAGUGUCAACACUUCAGACGGAGAAGAGACGGAUUCGUUAGGUUGUGUGUCGGACACUGAUUUGUUCGGAAAAGACUUGGACAACAAAUGGAAGUCGCAACCGAGAGAUCCCAAUGGAAAGGACCCGAGUAGCCAUGCUGUCCCGCCCUUGUCCUCGACUUCAUCAGCGACCGAGGGUCCGCGAAACACAGUUUUGCUGCCGAACUCCACGAAGCCACUGAUAAUACAGAAGUGAUGAUGACAUAUAGUUUGCGAGUCUUAAAUGUGUGAGUGUGCUAAGUGUGUUAAAUGAGAUUUGAACCAUUUUAUCAAAAACGA